AUGCCUGCAGCCUCGCUCUUCCCAGUUUCCAGAAUCCCGAUCCACAAGUUCAAGCAACGGAAUUCUGCGAGUCAGCAUAGGACAGCGCCGAAUGGCACUGCCAAAGCCAGGGUGGAAGCUACUGUAGGUUGCCGAACACAGGCACGCAGCUACUGUAAGUCGCCAGGAAGCUACAGUACUUGUAGUAUUCUGCAGUAUAAGAAACCGUGGAGUUCCAAACAGCCUCGCAGGCCGCGGUCGUCAUCGCCUCCCUGGUCCAGGAGCUCGGAGAGUCUUGUCCACCCCCGGCGCCUCACUGACCAUGGCGGCUGCUUCGGCGGCUGCAGAACGCUUGCUGCUCGAUGUUGCGCAAGAAAAGCGCGAGAUGUUGAUUGUGCGAAGGGCCUUUUUGAGAUCGCCAGACGAAAUGUGCCUACCAGGCUCGAGAAGCAACUUAGCAAGGUGUUGAGCGUUCUGUGUUGGGCGAUGGUGUUGCGGACACUGUGCUGGUUGAGCCUGGCUGCAGUGCUAAACGGAGAAACCACCACCACUGCCACCACGACCACGACCUCGAUCCCGGCCACUGCCACCAUGACCACGGCCUGGACUGCGACCACGACCGAGAGCACCACCAGCACAACUAUAGUAAGCUCAACCAUACCGCUUGCAACAACGAGCAGCACAAGUUCGACACUAACUACAACAUCCCGAACUUACACCAGUCAGACAACCACAACACGCAGCAGCACGAGUUCCACGACAACGACGACACGGCCCGAAACUUGCGACGUAAAGCUUCUGUCGGUGCUGCAGUCCUUGGGCGUCGCACCUGACGAAGCAUUCAAACUAGCAUGCGACACCUGUCGCCAAUCUGCAGUGAAGUGCGACUCGGAAGGCCGGGUGGUGGCCCUGAACCUUCGGCGUAAAGGCCUGAAGGGGCACCUGCCAGCGGACCUCAGCGACUUCGGUCAGCUUCGCCAACUGAGGCUCGGCUUCAACCGCCUCACAGGGCCGAUCCCAAAGGAACUCGGCCUUUGUUCAAACCUGGAGCUGCUUCAGCUCACGGGCAAUCAGCUUUCGGGGCCGCUUCCACGAGAGCUGGGGAAGCUCAGGAAGCUAAAACAAUUCCUUGCAACGGGCAACAACCUCUCUGGCCAUUUGCCAGAGACAUUGGGGGACUUAUCCGCCUUGGAGCGCCUGCACCUCUCCGACAACAGGCUCUCGGGACCCCUGCCCGCCGAGCUUGGAAAACUCUUGGAGCUGCAGGAUCUCCGUCUUGCCUUCAAUCAAUUGGAGGGCAUUCUCCCGGGAAGCCUUGGGAUGUUGAAAUCCCUUAGGGCCCUGUUGCUGCAGAGCAACAAGCUUACCGGGCAGCUGCCGGUGGAGAUUGGCAGCCUUGUGAAGCUCCGGCGUCUUGAGCUCUUCGACAAUCAGCUGGUGAAGCCCCUGCCACCGGAGCUAGGGCAGCUUCGCUCUUUGCAGAUCUUGCGCCUUUCCCGGAACCACUUCGAAGGGGCUCUACCCAAGGAGCUCGGCCAUCUCUUAGACUUGAGGCAGCUGGACCUCUCCGAGAACAGCUUCACUGGAAACAUCCCAGAGAUCGGAAGACUGCAGAACCUUGAGCAGCUCAAUCUUCGGAACAACCUCCUCGAGGGUACUUUGAUGCCUUUAGACUUUCAGGCCCUUGCGAAGCUGGAUCUCUCCAGGAAUCGCUUUACGGGAUCUUUGAAGCUGAGCCCUGGGCUCCCAAAGAUCCGGAGGCUCUCCCUCCGGGGAAACCGCCUCUCAGGUCCCAUUCCGGUCCUGGCACCUCUGCUGCGAAGGCUGGACCUGGGGGAGAAUCGCUUUUCGGGGGAGUUUCCGGAAGUGGCUGGUCUCACACAGCUUGUGGAGCUCAAGGUGGAUGGAAACCAAAUCUCCGGAGAGCUUUCAGAAGACAUCUGCCGGCCCUCGAGCCUGCGACAGUUUUCCUGCGGCCGCAACUUGCUGCAGGGUCGACUUCCGGACUGUUUGUGGAAGAUGCCCAGGCUUCAGCAGUUGUCGCUUCACAGCAAUGGCUUCGUGGGUGUACUUCCCCAAAUCAUCUUGGCACGGAGCCUGGUUGUCCUCACGUUGCAUAACAAUGCCAUCUCGGGGCCGUUGCCGAAACGUUUCUUCUCCGAGUUGCCGAACCUCGCUAUCUUGACUUUACAUGGGAACAGCCUCACGGGAUCCAUCGCAGAUGGGAUAAGUCUCAAGGAACCAUGUUUAGACAAUCCUCACUUCGAGCUUCGGGGCAUGGACUGCCGCGACUGGGGUGACGAGUCCGUGGCUGGUUGCAAGGCUUUGGCAUCUAGCGGAUCUAGCGAAUCUAGCGGCUUGGCCCGUGAAGAGCUUCGAGAGCUGAUUACGAGCUGCCCCAGGUCCUGCCAGGAGUGUGAGAAUCCGAGCUUUCAACUGCAGAACCCCAUGCUGACGCUUCACCGAAACGCGCUCUCUUGCGGUCUUCCAGAGAAGGUGACGAAUGCGGCCGCAAGUGUUUUCGCACUGGUCGUCAUGGGGAACAUGGUCGGAGAUGGCCAUGAUUUACCAUCAUGGGUCCACAUUGAAGAGCGGCAAGAGUUCCUCUACUUUUCUGACCGGGCCCACAGGAGUGAUCUCUUCAUCGGCUUCGGUAUGGCCUUCGUUCUAUUGGGCCUGGUCUUCGCUCGAGGUCGUAUCUGGAAGGCGCUCUUCCAAGCAGCCCACUAUGCUCAUGAAAGCUCACAGGUCUCCGCCGUGUCCGAGUCCUGCUUCGGCGUCCUUCGCUUCACGACCUUGUCGGCCAUCCUAUGCUUCGCGAUGUUUCCCCUCUAUGUUUGGGGUGCGACUUACUACAGCUGUGGGCAGCCGUUGUCUCGUACCACUGCCGCCUACCUGAAAGGGCCCUGGGAGACUCUGCUUGUCUGCAUCUUUUGGAGUUUGCUGACCCUCUUCUUUGCAGCCGCCGUGGCUGCCCUGCCCUCCAAGCGCGCGGCAGGUUUGAAACCUCUGGAAUCUGGACCCCGUGGCUGCAAGCUCAUCAUGUUCUGGAUGCUGUGGCUGGUGGUGGUGAUUGGCCUGUCUGUGCCCUCCAUCCUCUUUGCUGUCUCUCAGGCUCUCCCUGCCGGGAAUUCUUCAGGGCUGAGCCACCAGACGCUGCAGAUUGUGCACAGAGCAGCUCCGGCCCUGAUCGUGGCUGUUGACAUGCUUUUGGCAAGUGCUUUGUCAAGAUGCUUCUCGGCGCUCACGGGUAUCCGAACCGAUCGCUUGCUUAUGAUAUUGAGACUUUGCUCCGCCUGGCUCCUGUCUCUGCUAACGACUCUAAUUCUGCACGAGAACUGCUUGGCUGGUUGGAAAUUUUUCUGGAGUGUUUGUGAUGCACGGAGCCCCCGCCACGAGCUGUUCACGUUACGUAUCUGGGACGAAGAAAUGAUGAACACCGAUGCUGACAUGUGUCAACUGGAGCCUUCCUGGUGGAAAAAUGGUCGUUGCAGCAGGGCCAUGAUUGAAGGUCUUGCCCCUCUGCUUAUGAAAAAGCUUCUUCUCAGAACGUGCCUUCAGCCGGUCCUGCUGCUCAUCGCAUGGCAGCUGUCCAAGUUGGACUCCGGCGAGCGUUCGGAUGGAAGCCGCCAGUUGAGGCUGUUUAAGGUCGGACCAACGACCAGCGGUUGCCUUUCGCCGGUGCAGCAGCAUGCCCUGCUGACCACAUAUAUGGAGACAACCAUAUUUUGGGGCCCACUAAAUCCUUUGGUCAGCUUUUGCGUUGCCACUGCAGCCGCGGUCAACGCGCUUCUCUUCAACAAAGCCGUGACGGAUUUCGGAGUGCGCAUGCCCACGGAUCAUGCAAGCAGCGUCUCCACGGUGUCUCGCGACUACUUGGUGUGCUCGAUAAUCGGCGCGGCAGUCUUUCAGAUGUGGCAUGCAUUUGGAACGGGUAUGAAGGGGCAAGUGCUGCUAGUGUUGGCAACCGUGGCCGUCCUUGUCUUUACUUUGGUGCCUUUUGGACCCGUGCACUGCGGUGCAUUUAUUCGGUGCGUGCGAUGGAUCAUCUGGAGACCGGGCAAUACAAACGAAGAGGCCAUUGAGCUGACCUGCCCGGACUCACCAUCGGACGGUGAACUCCCCAAGUUCGAGCUAACCGCGAGCGCGCGCUGCUACCGCUGUGGACGGCGAGCUGUUCCGGCGCAGGUGUGCGAGGUGAGCCGAGGACAUGGAGACAUGCCAGGGUCUUGUAAUCAGACCUGUCCCGCUCUCUGCCUACGCUGUGGUGUCUCGGGCUCGGCCCGCGCAUCCGAAUGUCAGCUGCCCGAAUCACAGAGAAGAGCCUGCGAUGGAAGUCCAUGUCUCGUGGAAAGCGGCACCAGGUCGUUGGAGAUAUCGGUCUCGUGCAACAGCUGCAUGCACCUCGAGCAACAAGCCACAAAAAAGUCGGAGUAG